CCGUCCCGUCCCGUCCCACGGCGGGGGCGAUGCUCCCCCGGCUGCGCUGCCCGCGGAUCCCUCCCUGCUGAUUCGUGUUAGACGGUUUGCCUGGCGCAGGAUCAUCCCCCCGGACAGCCCCGCAUCCCGGCGGCAGCACCGAGCCUCGGCGAUGCGGCUCCAAGACUGACCCUGCUGAGAGCCCCUGAGAUACUGAACUCUAUGAGCAGAGACCACUUGACUGCACUCAGCACCUUUCAGGAUCAGGCUCUAGGAGAUGGUCAGAAGAGCGAAAGGAGCAUCACGAUUUUGAAACAAAACCAAGGGUACUGGGCACUAAAUGAGAAUAUGGCCAAUGGCAUUGAAGAUCUUAUCGGGAUCCCAUUCCCGAACCACAGCACUGAGGUCCUGUGUGGUUUAAACGAGCAGAGGCAUGACGGGCUCCUCUGCGAUGUCAUCCUCAUCGUCCAGGACCAGGAGUACCGCACCCACCGCUCCGUCCUGGCUGCCUGCAGCAAGUACUUCAAAAAACUCUUCACUACCGGCACUUUAACAGACCAGCCCUAUGUUUACGAGAUUGACUUUGUCAAGCCUGAAGCACUUUCUGCUAUCCUCGAGUUUGCCUACACCUCAACCCUCACCAUCACCACCUCAAACGUCAAGCACAUCCUCAGCGCUGCCAAGAUGCUGGAGAUCCAGAGCAUCAUCAACGUAUGCCUUGAAAUCAUGGAGCCCGACAGAGAGGCCGAGGAGGAAGAUGACAAAGAGGACGACGAUGAUGAUGAAGACGAAGAUGAAGAUGAGGAGGAAGAGGAGGAGGAGGAAGUGGAAGAUUUUGUCAAUCAGGAGAACCUAACUGAUGUACAAGAAGUAAGCUGCCACCAAAGCCCUUCUGAGUCCGAUCUUACUGAAGAAGCUUACACAGAAGCACCUAAAGAUUUUCCAAAUCACUUCCCAGCCAGUAACUCCUCUGGACACUUGGGCAUGAUAAGAGACUUCUCCAUCGAGUCCUUGCUGAGUGAAAACUUGUACCCUAAGGCAAACAUCCCAGAAAGGAGGCCAGUUCUAUCUCCUUUCGCCCCCAGCUUCUUCCCCCAUCUGUGGAAUGGUGACUUUAACUCCUUCUCCCAGCUUGAAGAGCCGCAAGUAGACAAUGGCCCUUUGGAUUUGGUGAUCAAAAAGAGGAAGAUCAAGGAAGAGGAGGAGAAGGAAGACCUGCCUCUGCCUCCGCCUCCUUUCCCUAAUGACUUCUUCAAGGACAUGUUUGCCAACACCCCAGCAGCUCCCUUAGGGCAUAUUAAGGCAGAGACUGACUAUAGCGCUUAUCUCAAUUUCUUAAGUGCUACCCAGUUUGGAGGAGUUUUCCCCCCAUGGCCCCUGGAGGAAGAGAGGAAAAUGAAGCCCAAGGCAUCCCAGCAGUGUCCCAUCUGUAACAAAGUCAUCAUGGGAGCCGGCAAGCUGCCCAGGCACAUGAGGACCCACACGGGGGAGAAGCCCUAUAUGUGCAAUAUCUGUGAAGUUCGCUUUACCAGGCAGGACAAGCUCAAAAUCCACAUGCGGAAGCACACGGGGGAGCGGCCCUACCUUUGCAUCCACUGCAACGCCAAGUUCGUGCACAACUACGACCUGAAGAACCACAUGCGCAUCCACACGGGCAUCCGGCCCUACCAGUGCGAGUUCUGCUACAAGAGCUUCACCCGCUCCGACCACCUGCACCGCCACAUCAAGCGCCAGAGCUGCCGCAUUGCGCGGCCCCGGCGCGGCCGCAAGCCGGCGGCGUGGCGGGCGGCCGGCCUGCUCUUCACCCCCGGGGGCCCGCCCGUAGAGAACAGCUUCGUGAUGCCGCCCACGCUGGAGGAGAUGAGCAGCCACCUCAGCAGCACGGCCAUGUGCCUUCCCGGCCCCAGCCCCAAACACUUCCUGAGCGGGGCCAAGACCCCCUUCAGCCUGCAGGAGCUGGAGAGCCAAAUUGAAGAAACCCAGAUGAAGCUCUUCAGGCGGGCCCAGAUGGACAUGGAGAGGAACGCGGGCAUCUUCGCCUUCGCCCUGGGCCACAAUGAAAACCUCGCUGCCCAACCUUUCUUCCCUCUCCCUGACCCUUGGAGCACAGGCUUCAGUGGCUUGGCGGGGCUUGGCCACGUGGCUCCCAUCUCAGAGGCCAGCAACUAAACCUGCACCUGGUCCCACCAUGCCUCUGCUCCCAUCCCAACAAGGCGGCCGGCUCCCCCGGGGCUCCCACCUGCCCUUCUGCAUCAUCAGGUUCCUGAGAAGCUCUUCAUCCCCUCACUGCCAUGGCCUGCCAUGGGGCUUGGGGCACGGGGCCAUCCCUGGGGCAAGCAGGGGAUGGGCAGGUGCCGUGCCCCAUGGCCACCGGCACUUCAGACUCAGCACUUGGCUUUGGGGCCAUCGGGCACUCACUGUCCCAUCCCACCACUCAUGGCUCUGUCUGGGAAGGCCAGGCCAGGACUGCUGCUCUCUUCAACACUCCCAAAAAUGUCACUUGCCUUAGUCCAGGGCUCGGCCAUCACCAUGAGAUGGCUUUUCUGUGGGAACUGUUACCCAUUUCCCACCGACAGAGCUCAGUGGACACUGACAAGCCGUCCAGACUUGGGUUUGUUAUGUUGCAUUCCUUGGCCCUUUUGGUCAAAAGGACUUUUCUGUUUUCUUUCUGGUUUUGUUUUCUUUUCUUUUUAAUUAAUUCCUAUGUCUGGCAACAAUAUUUGUUCUACAAGGGAUAAAGGGGAGGUCUAGCAGCUUUGAUGGGAGAGGGAGGAUCCUGGCCACUGCCUUUCUCAGCAGUAUAUCAGAUUUACAGGGCUGGUGAAAGCCCUGAUCUGCAGCAUGAGUUGGGACCCUAAAAACAUUAAAAAAAAAAAAAAAAAAAAAAAAGGAGAUAGAAAAACACCCAGCGCAAAGCUGGGUGGAAAAGGGGGAUUUUACUUAUUUUGGUUCUUUACCUAUUUCAAAGUUUCAAAAGGAGAACCAAAGCCUAUUUUGAGUAUUUUAACUUCAGUUGCUUGAAAAGGUGAAGGAAAAGUUUUGGAAGAAUCAGAAAUGUUUCGAUACUGAGCUUUUAUUAAACCCUUGCUUUGAAAAAAUGAACCACGUGGGAAUUUUGAAAUGAAAAACUCGUUUCAAACCAAAGAGUCAGAAUUCGCUGCCGCUGACCAUUCUGAAAUGUCUGGGGUUCUGUCCUUAAUUCCCUCAAAUUCCUAUGUGAUAGUGAUGAGAAAAAUUUACAAAACACUCGUGUGUCCCCAAAUCUGCAGUGCUGAUGGGAAACAAUUGGGUGUGCAAAUAUCCCUGCUGCUUGUCUCACGGGAUCUUUGUGGAAAAGAAGUUCACUAAAGGUGUCUUGAUGGUGAUGUCAUCUACUUGCAAGCAAGUAGAAAUGCUAUUUUUCACUGUUCAUUGGUUCAAAAGAGAAGGUGGUGACAUAUGGGUCCUCCAAGCCAAAGGCUGCACACGGUGGCCAACAGGUUUGGGGUGACUCCUCAGCAUCCCUGCAGACCCCAUCUUGGCCACCCCAUCUGGUAAUUGUUUUGGGGCAAAAAAAGUGGCAGAUUGGCUGGAAUAGCCCUAUCCACCUCCUUCAGCCCCAAAUCCAUGAGCUACUCUGAAGGAUAAAGGCUUUUGGUGGCCAUCUGCCUCUUGUGGCUCCUCCUAGAUGAGCCUUGGAGGCAGACGUGGUGGGACCUCAGUUCCACCACUGGCUGAGGUGGGCUGCAGUGGUUGUUUUACAUGGAACCAACACUUGGAAAUGUAAAUGUUACAAAUUAGGGCUUUUUAUUUCUCUUUUUACUGUGACCUUUCAAUGUCAGCAAAAGAGAAGGGAAUGUGAGAACCGCGGGUUCAUGAGUUUUUUGGUUUUUCCAUCAGUGACGCGGUGGCUGGAUGAGAAUCUGCCCACCAGAGGCAAGGAGGGGGACACAGGGAGUCAAGGGUUCCACAGCCCCCAGGAGGGUGUGAGGGACUUCUGCACUGAGACCACCCGUAGCAGAAUGAUCCCAAAGAACUGCCCAACACUUGGCUUCCUCCUCCAAAAAGAAAUCAUAAGGACUCCACGUGCAAUGAAAGUCAAUGGAGAGGAAAAAAAAGGAAGAAGAAAAAGAAAUCUUCUUAGAACUGCAUCAAACUUUUUCUUUUUAAUCCACAUCAACUCCUUACACAAGCGACAUUUUGCAGAUGAUUGGUUCCUUCAGGUGUUUUUUUUGUCUACGAUUUGGAGUCAUUGUAAAAUAUCCAAAGAUGCUGAGUACUGUAUGAUCUGCAAGGACUUGAA